AAUGCGCCAGAGUAGCGCGAGCUGUAGAGAUGCACCCAAAUAUCCAAGGCGCUGUUUGCGUGUCUUACAAGUUUCAGGAAAGGUUUUGGACAUUUAGAUGUUUAUAGGUCUAAGGUAUUUCAGUUAUUCGUUGCUGCUUCCUCUUUCAGUUUGGCGGAGAAGAUCUUUAGCAGCGUAGCGUCAAACCUUACUUCACUUUGUUUCCGAGAUCCUCGUUUUAUGGUGACAGCCUACGUUUAUAGUCGAAACAUUUUGAUGUGUUUGUCGGUGCUUUGUGGGGAAUACACAUGCGUCCCACUUUAGACAUUAAAACAAAUGGAAGAAGAGAGCUGUUGUGCAGAAGUCGUGUCCAAAGUAAACGACGAUUUGUUGGCGUUCCUGCGCAUCGAUGUGGAGCUCGAGCCCUUGUGUGACAGAGAGGAGGCCACGUGCUCUAAGAAUGUCAUGCGCAAGCAGCGGAACUGGGAGAGGAGACUGGAGGCGAAGAAAAGCAAAAGAAGAGAGGAGAAACAGAGAAAGAAGCUCAGCAAACAAAACAAAGAUGUGAACGAGUCGCAGCUCAGUAAACGAGUUUUAAAAGCGAUUACCAAAGAGAGACUGGAGGAAGCCAGAAGAGCAGGACCUGGCCUGUGUGUUGAUCUCAGCAUGAUUGACUAUCUGUCUGCCAAAGAAAUCAGCCGCCUUGCAUGUCAGAUCAGGCGCCUCUAUGGAUGCAAUAAGAAAGCCUUACAGCCUUUUCGCAUAUUUCUGACAGAGUUAAAAGAGGACAGUCUGCUGUAUAAAGAAUGUGUUCGGAUGAAUGACGGCUUCCUGAAUUAUUUGAUUGAUGUGACUGAGGACAGCUGGCUUCAUCUGUUUCCCUCUGAAGAUGUGAUAUAUUUAACCCCGGAUGCAAGUCAAGCUUUAGAGUAUGUGGAGGAAGAUAAAGUCUACAUCCUUGGAGGUUUAGUGGAUGAAACCAUACAAAAGAAAAUAAGCUACACGAGGGCGAAAGAGCUCGGCGUUCGUACGGCACGGCUGCCGAUUGACGAGUACAUGGUGAAGAGACCAAACCCCAAAAACUUCCACUCUAAAAUCCUAGCCAUUAACCAAGUGUUUGAAAUCCUUCUGACAUUUCGGGACACUAAAGACUGGAUUAAAGCGCUUGCUGCUGGAAUACCUCCAGGAAAAGGUUACAUGGUGGCGUCAGCGGCAUCUACAGACAUUAAAACUCCAGAAGAGCUGUAGUGUGUCUAUAGGCUUUGCUUUCAUAGAGUUUAUAAGACACUGAGCCUAUGAUAGUCAAGUAAAGUUUAUUUAUAUAGCACAUUUCAUACAUAGUGGUAAUUCAAAGUGCUUUACAUAAAGUAAAAUAAUCAUGAAAAAAAAAUCAUCACAAAAGUAAAACAAGGAAUUUAAAAACUUUGAAAAUUAUUGAAACAUUUAUUUAAAACAGUUAAAAAUAGAAAAUCAUUUUACAUAAAAUACAGUGCAAUCAGUUUGGACAUCGCACAGUGAUCAUUCAAUAAAUGGACAACUAAACAAA